AUGGCCUUACUUGGGAGCAAGCUUAUAAUUGUGCAACUCUCUAUGGUUGUGCUAUUAGGGGCGGCAAUAUUUACAUCAAUAGCAGCAGCAGCUCAAGCCCUGCUGCCUCAAGCCAAGCCUGGGUGCCCAGAGAAAUGCGGUAAUCUCACAAUCCCCUACCCAUUUGGCAUAGGUGACGGCUGUUACCUCCGACCCGAAUUCAACAUCACAUGCAACCAAGCCAGUACACACCCAACAUACUUGACCAGAAACAACGUGAGCAUUACUAACUUCAACUUUGAUGAGGCUGAGCUGCAAAUAGCACAUGCUGCAGCCCAUAGCUGUCAUGACGCCCGUGGUAAUAUAAUACCCAGCAACAGCGGCAGGGACAGCGUAUAUUACCUGGCGCUGCCUCCUCUUUACACCAUCUCCGAAACCAAGAACAAAUUGUUUGUCAUUGGCUGUGAAGCUUUUGCAUUUUUGGAUUUUGGGUUCGCAGACCCUACCCCAGAUGGAACAAAUUCCAACCGUGGCUACAGUGUGGCGGCAUGCGACAAUUUAACCAGCAACAAUAAAGUUCCCGACACUUGCUCCGGCAUUGCGUGCACCGAAUCUGGCCUCGAUGAUGGAUUGAUAACGUUUGAGAUAAUACUGAGUUACUUGAAUAGGUUUGGGGAGCAGAACAGGAAUGAAACGAAAUGGUUCUACGAGGAGUACCCGUGCAGCUACGCCUUCCUUGUGGAAGACUCCAAGUUUACUUAUGCUCCCAAUACAAGUUUUCAACAGCUCAGCAACAACAAGCAGCUUCCGGUGGUCAUCAACUGGGAAGUUGGGGAUGAGCCGUGUGAUGUAGUUGAAAAGAGCAAUAAUUCUUCUUGCAAGGGAAAUAGCAAAUGUGUGGACCGGUCCAUUGUCCGUGGUAAGCCUGGUUAUAUUUGCAAGUGCUUGGACGGCUACCAUGGAAAUCCAUACCUCACAGAUGGUUGCCAAGAUAUUAAUGAGUGCGAGACUUUAAGUUCAAACCCCUGCAACAAUGGAACUUGCCAUAAUCUAGAUGGAAGUUACUACUGUAAAUGUAAUAGUGGGUACAGAAACCACGGCCCCAAGACUUGCAUACCCGGAACAAAGAACACUACCCUCAAAAUUUCAUUGGGCGCCAGUGGAGGCUUCUUGCUUUUACUGGUUGGAAGUUUAUGGAUAUAUUGGGGUAUGCAGAAACGAAAGUUCAUCAAACUCAAGGAGAAAUACUUUAAAGAAAAUGGUGGCUUAUUGUUAAAACAACAACUCGCUAGCCAAGGAGGCUCUAUGGAAACAACAAAACUCUUUACAGCAGAAGAACUUGAGAAGGCCACGAACACUUACCACGAAAGUAGAAUCCUUGGAGAAGGAGGCUAUGGAACGGUUUACAAAGGAAUAUUACCAGAUAACAGCGUGGUUGCCAUAAAGAAGUCAAAGGUUAAUGGUGCGCCCGCUCAGAGUGAUGUUUUUAUUAAUGAGGUGAUUGUUCUUUCUCAAAUCAAGCACAGAAAUGUGGUGAGGUUAUUAGGUUGUUGUUUAGAGACACCGGCGCCAUUACUGGUUUACGAGUUCAUCGUUGAGGGCACUCUUUCUGAGCACAUCCAUAAAAAAAAUGGCAAAAGAUCAUCACUUUCGUGGGAGCUGCGAUUGAAUAUAGCGACAGAAACAGCAGGAGCACUAGCAUACUUACACUCCUCUGCUCUCAUGCAAAUUAUCCACCGAGAUGUGAAAGCAACAAACAUACUAUUAGAUGAACAUUACACGGCAAAAGUGUCCGACUUUGGAGCUUCAAGAUUGAUCCCUCUAGAUCAAACUCAACUAACAACGUUAGUGCAAGGAACAAUUGGAUACUUAGACCCCGAAUACUUCCUUACGAAUCAACUGACGGAAAAGAGUGACGUCUAUAGCUUCGGAGUUGUCCUUAUGGAGCUAAUGACAAGCAAAGUGGCACUUUCUUUGGCCAGGCCCGAGGAAGACAUAAACCUAGCCAACUUCUUUGUUCGUUUCAUGGAGGAAGAUCGCUUGAAUGAGGUUCUUGAUGAUGACAUAGUCAACGAGAGAAACGUUGAGACACUAAAAAAGGUGGCAGAAGUCGCAAAAAGAUGUGUAAGGUUAAAAGGGCAGGACAGGCCUAGCAUGAAAGAAGUAGCAAUGGAGCUAGAGGGAAUGAGAGUUACACCAAAGCAACCAUGGGGAAAAUCUGAAGUUUCAAGUCCAGAAGACACUGAGUACUUACUUGGUUCAGCUAUGAAUUUAGACGCUUAUUUUGUGGAUGUUAGAGGUGAUUUUGAUUCUAGAGGUGCAACUAUUGGUACAACCAUUGGAUACGAUAGCAUGCAAAUCCAAAUGGUAAUGCCGUACGAUGGACUAUAUUUAAGGAAUCUUGCUUGGCAGAUGCCAGUGGAAUCGGGCGAUAAUCGAUUGCUAGGGUCUAGUUCAUAUAUGAGGAUGCUACUUAUUUUGCAACUCUCUUUGGUAGUGGCGGAUUUGGUUGUGAUAUUAUUAUUAGCAACUCCAAUUCCAACAGCAGCUCAAGCCCUCCCUGGCUGCCAAGACCAUUGUGGCAAUCUCCCAAUCCCAUAUCCCUUUGGCAUAGGCCCUGGCUGCUACCUCCAACCCCAAUUCAACAUCACUUGCAACCAAUCCUCCCAGCCCCCAAAAGCGCAGUUGUUGACAAGCAAUAUCAUAAUCACCAACUUUUCCAUUGAGGAGGGUGAGCUCCAAAUACUUCAGUACGUUGCCGAAGACUGUUACGACGCUCAGGGCAACCCGACGGGCCGCAACGUCCCCAGGCUGUGGGUGCCUCCUCCCUACACCAUCUCCCAUACCAAGAACAAGUUCUACGCCCUUGGCUGCGACCCUUACGCGUUUUUCAGCGGCUACCGAGGCGACCAGAAGUUCACGACGGGGUGCAUGUCCAUAUGUGAUAGUCUAGGCAACGCUGUUGACGGGCAGAACACUUUCUCUGGCGUUGGUUGCUGCCAAACUUCCAUCCCUAGCGGGCUAAAGAAUCAGACGGUCACGUUGAAAAGCUUUAGAAAUCACACGGGUAUUUGGGACUUCAACCCCUGCAGCUACUCGUUUAUUGUGCAAGAUGGCCAGUUCGAAUUCAAUGGUAUAAGUUUUCAACAGCUCAACAACACAAGCUUGCUUCCGGCGGCUCUUAAUUGGGAAAUUGGGAAUCAGUCAUGUGAUGCAGCUGAGAAGAGGGACGAUUUUGCAUGCAAGGGAAAUAGCAUAUGUCUUGGGUCUGCAGGUUACAUUUGCAAGUGCAUGCCAGGUUACAAUGGGAAUCCAUACCACCCAGAUGGUUGCCAAGGUAUAUAUUCAAACGCCUGCAGUAUUGGAACGUGCAUAAAUUCACCAGGAAAUUAUUCUUGUAAAUGUCCUAAAGGAUACAAAAAUGACGGCAUGAAUGAAAAGACUUGCAUCAAAGACAACAAUCGAUCAAAGAUUAUUCUCCUGCUCGGUAUUUCAUUGGGUAAGCAUUUUAAUUUACAUUCAUUAAUUCACAACAGUUUAUGGAUAUAUUGGGGUAUGCAGAAAAGAAAGUUCAUCAAACUCAAGGAGAAAUACUUUAAAGAAAAUGGUGGCUUAUUGCUAAAACAACAACUCGCUAGCCAAGGACGCUAUAUGGAAACAACAAAACUCUUUACAGCAGAAGAACUUGAGAAGGCCACGAACAAUUACCACGAAAGUAGAAUCCUUGGUGAAGGAGGCUAUGGAACGGUUUACAAAGGAAUAUUACCAGAUAACAGCGUGGUUGCCAUAAAGAAGAUCAAAGUUAAUGGUGCGCCAGCUCAGAGUGACGUUUUUAUUAAUGAGGUGAUUGUUCUUUCUCAAAUCAAGCACAGAAAUGUGGUGAGGUUAUUAGGUUGUUGUUUAGAGACACCGGCCCCAUUACUGGUUUACGAGUUCAUCGUUGAGGGCACUCUUUCUGAGCACAUCCAUAAAAAAAAUGCCAAAAGAUCAUCACUUUCGUGGGAGCUGCGAUUGAAUAUAGCGACAGAAACAGCAGGAGCCCUAGCAUACUUACACUCCUCUGCUCUCAUGCAAAUUAUCCACCGAGAUGUGAAAGCAACAAACAUACUAUUAGAUGAAAAUUACACGGCAAAAGUGUCCGACUUUGGAGCUUCAAGAUUGAUCCCUCUAGAUCAAACUCAACUAACAACGUUAGUGCAAGGAACGCCUGGAUACUUAGACCCCGAAUACUUCCUUACGAAUCAACUGACGGAAAAGAGUGACGUCUAUAGCUUCGGAGUUGUCCUUAUGGAGCUAUUGACAAGCAAAGUGGCACUUUCUUUCACCAGGACCGAGGAAGACAUAAACCUAGCCAACUUCUUUGUUCGUUUCAUGGAGGAAGAUCGCUUGAAUGAGGUUCUUGAUGAUGACAUAGUCAACGAGAGAAACGUUGAGACACUAAAAAAGGUGGCAGAAGUAGCAAAAAGAUGCGUAAGGUUAAAAGGGCAGGAUAGGCCUAGCAUGAAAGAAGUGGCAAUGGAGCUAGAGGGAAUGAGAGUUACACCAAAGCAACCAUGGGUAAAAUCUGAAGUUUCAAGUACAGAAUGA